GUCGCCUGCGUGUCGCGGAAGAUGGCCAUGUACGGCCUCCGCAAGUUCCUCUUCGUUGACCCGGAGCUUGGCAUGCGGAUCCGCUUCCAGAAGGAGUACGUCGUCAGGAUCCAGGACUUCUUCCGAACACUUAUGUGGUGGAUAUUGCCAUGCCUUGCUGUGAAGGUCACUCGAGAGAUGUUCCGCUUUUCCCACAUGUUCCAUCAGUCAAUUUGGAGGUCAUGCAUUGUGCUAUUUGCUUCCAUCAUGUCAUGGAUGUAUUUGACCACAAUUGUGUUGUCUUCCUGCAUGCUUUUCAACUUGGUUUGCAAUCUACAAGUUAUACACUUUGAUGAUUACGGAAAAGUUCUAGAGCAAGACGCGGAUCCUCUAGUCUAUUUGAAAGAGCACCUGCAGCUCCGCCAUAAUCUCUCCAAAAUCAGUCACAGGUUCCGCAUGUUCCUUUUGCUGCUCUUCUUUUCUGUUACAGCAAGCCAGUUCGCCAUUCUUUACAAGACAACAGCAUACAACGGGCCAAUCAAUUUCACCAAUGGUGGUGAUAUAGCUGUAUCUUCAGUUGUUCAAGUUGUAGGCCUUGUCCUUUGUUUACAUGGAGCUGCUAAAAUUUCUCACAGAGCUCAAAACAUUGCCGCAAUAGCUAGUCGAUGGCAUGCUUUAGCGACAUGCUCGAGUGAUUCUACAUACGUGAGCACCCCAAAUGAUUCUGGGAACCUUGUGCCCUUUCCAGCGCAUAUGUUUCUGAGAGAUUACUCGGAAAGUGACUUGGAGUCUAUGGAAAGUGGCUCAAUGCAAGGCAAUUCUCAUAACACAGCUCAAUUGGCAUCUUAUAUGUCUUCAUACCACAAGAGAGAAUCGCUUGUGCUCUAUCUGCUAACCAACCCUGGGGGCAUCACACUAUACGGUUGGAUUGUCGACCGGACAUUCCUCAACACGAUCCUGAUGCUCGAGCUAACCCUUGUGCUGUUUGUGCUCAGCAAGACCGUUGUGAUCCCAGCGAAAACGUUAGUCAACAGUUACAUGAGUUUCCCAUGAAUGGAGUUUGGCGCAAGCUUUAACAUUCCGAUUUUGGUUUGAAGAGUGUGACACCCAGACACAUAGUAGGGUUUGUACACCACACUGGCGAAGAUCGGUGCCACCAUCGGCAAAGUUGAUCCUUCUUGAAGACUAAAAUGAACCCGGAUCUGAGAACAGCAAGGUUGGUGUUUCUUGAUGAUUCCCUGCUUGGAGCUUGAUCUUUGGGGGCAAUGUCUCUUGAACACAAGAUUCCGGCUAACGCGAAGCAUGCAAUUGUUAGACAUGGGUUCCCUUUGAUCAUUGGACUGUAUGUAGGAUGUUGGGCUCGGUUGUGUUGUGUACAGUUUUUGGACCCGAAGCCAGCAUCCCUCUCCCUCCCCAUGUGAAGUGAUAUGGCUGUGCAUAUGUACAUCUGCUCUUGUAUUACCACUUGAUAUCUAUGACAAAUUCUUUUUUUAA